UUUAGAACCAUUAUGUGGUGGUGCUGGUGUUGGACUGGGGUGGACAAGCUCAGAAGUCAUACCGCACCAGGUGAUCAUCCAACAUGGCAGACAUGUCUGGUGGAGUGAGCAAAGUACAGAGUCAGCAUGGGAGGUGGACAGUGUCAAGCAGUGAUGAUGAAGAUGCUGACCCUGCCCAGGCAACAGGAAGGCCCCUCCCAUUCUCACACUCUGUCAGGAAAGACUAUGUGUCAGACUCAGAUGAGACAGUGGUGGAUGAGGGAGAGUUGGAGGCACCUCACUCUGGCCAGGGGAAUGCUGCUUCCAGCAGUGGGCCUUCAGAAUUCGCUUAUUCCAGGCUACAAACAUCCACAGCCGGCAAAACAAGGCAGGAAUGCUCUGUGACCCCUGCCCAGCGCCCCUCCCCUGCCCUCAAACGGUCCAGACCGUCAUCCGAAUCAGGUUGGGGUGUCUCCAGCAGCGACGAGGAGUCUGACGUCAAAGCAAGAGAAUGGCGGGUCAAGGAAGAGCCAGUCGACCAGGCGAGCCCUGGUCAGAGGGAGAAAAAACCACGCCUGGAUGGGACAGACUAUCCUUCUCCCUCAGUCAGCUCAGAAGCGACUUGGCGAUCCAAACUGGAGAGUGGCUCUGAGCCCUUAGACAAGUGGGAUGUGCUGGAAAAAGCCAAGCAUUUCAGCUUUUAUCUGACCAAAGUCUCAGGCAUCCCAGCCAAGUCUAACUGUGGAGCCCUUCAUAUAAAAG